AAACGAGGGAGUCGUGCUCGACUAAUUUUUGCCCGGAAUUUCAUUCAUCGCAGACCUCUUCGUGAUUUCACAUCGUAGUGUACAGUCUACCGAGAUCAAAGAUCAGGAGAGGAGCCGAUGGAAGGAGGAUUGCCAGUCUUUUUCUUUCAUUUCUGCGCGAUUACAUUAUUAGUCGCCUCGAAACAGGUUCCUAAGCUCUUAAGCUCUUGCGCAACCGAGACGAACCGCGCUUCGAAUCCAGGAGUAGUGUCGAAAUACGGAAUCUGCGUUGAACGAUGGCUCGCCUCUGGUGAUCUCCUGAUCGCGGAAAAGGCAGGAGAGGCGCGCGAUGUGAAAGGAGGAGGAACUCUUUAGAUGAGAAUCGUAGAGCGAAGGACGAGGCUGGAAGGAAGGGCGUAUAUAAAAGUGUGCGUGCCGGUAUGGCAUCGCGAAGGAGGGGAUGUCUCGGCGCGUCCCGUGAUACAAUAAGGUCCCCUGUUCCUUCUACGGCUUCUACUCUCAGUCAUCGCGCAAGUGUCUCCAGAGUUCUUCAAUCGCGUUCCAUUCAAUCGUUCGAUCUUAAGUCCUGCACCGAGCCAGAAGAGAGAAAAAUGACCGGGGACUGGAGGACCAUUUUCGUAACCGGAGGCGCCGGUUACAUCGGCAGUCAUUGCAUCGUCGAGCUCUUGGAGUGCGGAUACGACGUGGUGGCGAUAGACAACUUCGCGAAUAGCGUCACGGAAACCGAUGGCGAAUCCGCGGCUCUCAAGAGAGUCGAGAAAAUAACUGGGAAAAAGGUCACAUUUUACAACUGCGAUCUGCUGGACAAAGAAAAGCUCGAGAUCAUCUUCAGCAAGCACAAAAUAGACUGCGUCAUACAUUUUGCGGCCAUCAAAGCUGUCGGCGAAUCUAUGCAAGUUCCGCUUCAUUACUAUCGAAACAACAUAAUAGGAGCUAUUAAUUUGUUGGAGGUGAUGAAAGCGGCUGGAUGUUUUCAGCUGGUAUUCAGCAGCUCUUGCACAGUUUACGGCGAGCCUACAGAAUUGCCUAUUACAGAGACACACGAAACCGGAAAUAUCACCAAUGUUUACGGACGAACGAAGUAUUUUAUCGAGGAGAUAUUGAAGGACAUAUCCAGAGCUGAAAAAAGCUGGAAUAUUAUAUCUUUGAGAUACUUCAAUCCAGUGGGUGCUCAUUGUAGCGGGUUAAUCGGUGAAGAUCCGACGAAACCGUUUACGAAUCUGAUGCCGUACAUCGCUCAGGUUGCUUUGAGACACAAACCGGAACUGGUUAUAUUUGGUGGCGAUUAUCCUACAAAUGACGGCACAGGUGUUCGUGAUUACAUUCACGUUAUGGAUCUAGCAGCAGGUCAUGUAGCGGCGUUAAACGCUUUGCAUAAGCAGCAUCUUAGGUUGAAAAUUUACAACUUAGGAACUGGCAAUGGCGUAACUGUACUGGAAUUGAUAAAAACGUUUGAGAAGGUCACCGGCACUACCGUGCCUUAUGUUAUGAAAGAGAGAAGAGAGGGAGACAUCGUAUCCAUGUAUGCUAAUACAGAUUUGGCGAAGAAAGAAUUGGGAUGGACAGCAAAAUACAAUGUUGAGCAAAUGUGUCAAGAUUUUUGGAGGUGGCAAAUGAUGAAUCCGCAUGGUUAUCGAACUUAUAAAAACGGUAUAAACGAACAUCUGAAUAAUUCAUCGUAAUGAUAAUCGAAUUGUAUCAAAGAACAUUUGUGCAAAUAAUUUAUAAUAAAGGCUCAAUACAAAUUA